UGUGUGUGUGUGUGUGUGUGUUAUUUUGUGCAGCUCGGUCUAGAUGGUUAAACACUGGCAAUCUCCAGUGACCAAGGGAGGAGAAACGACAAAAAGGGACAAGGAAGCCAGGGAGAAAGCAGACAAAAGAAAGUUUUGAGCUCUUGGCUUGAAGAGAGAGGAUUGAGAGAAGUUGGGUCUCCUUGAUUCUCUCUCUCUCUCUCUCUCUGCCUUCAUGUAGCCGCCGUGGCCGAGUAACCUGCGAUGACUUUGGGGUCGGAGAUGGCAGCGAGGCCGCUCGAGGUUGAGGAGCCGGACGUGGACGUGGUGGGUGAGGACAGCGAGCCGGCGCCCGGGCUCUGGCCGGAGGAGGAGCGGGGGACUGUCCGGGCGGCGGCGGCGGCGGCGGCGCACCCUGCCGGCGGCGGCUGGGAGGAGCAGAUGCCACCGCCCAAGAAGCCGCCGGUGAAGCCUCCCUACUCCUACAUCGCGCUGAUCACCAUGGCCAUCCUGCAGAGCCCCAAGCAGCGGCUGACCCUGAGCGAGAUCUGCGAGUUCAUCAGCACCAGGUUCGCCUACUACAAAGAAAAAUUCCCGGCCUGGCAGAACUCCAUCCGCCACAACCUAUCCCUCAAUGACUGCUUCGUCAAGAUGGCCAGGGAACCGGGCAACCCGGGCAAAGGCAAUUACUGGACCCUGGACCCCAACUCCGCUGACAUGUUCGACAACGGGAGCUUUCUGAGGCGGAGGAAGCGUUUUAAGCGGCAGUCCCACCUGGGAGUGUUGAGGGGUCAUGCCCACCUCCACCCAGCCCUGAGCUACAGCCCCUACGGUUGCAGCGUCCAGUUCCCCAGCGCUGGCUACCCGCCUCUGACCUUCCAGCACCCCCACCCCUGCCCCCUGCCAACUCCAGGCCACCUCCUGCCCUCCCUGGCCGGCUUUCUCCACCAGGGGAGAGAGCUCGACCCCAAGUCGCUCGCCCCCCCGCUCAGCCCCCAGCCCAUCAAAGUCGAGUCCACCUCGUCCCUGGCUGCCUUCUGCCUGGACAGCGCGUUGAGCGGCCCUGGCUCCCCUCCUGUGUACCCCACCCCGGUGAUCUCCGCCAUUGUCUCUCCCUCCCAGAGUCUGGUCGACGUGAACUGCACCCAAACACAGACGGGAGCGAAAUUCGCCAGCAAACUCCUACAACUGCACAACUACCGUUACUGAUGGUGGCGAUCAGGUAAUUGGGAUAUUCCCGAAGGCGAGAGCAGGCCCUGGAAAUAUUCGUUCAAGGAGUUUGUGGGGCCAGACUGGACGACAAAACCAAAAACAUGAAUGGUUUGGACUUACAUCCAGACAGUCAGCAACCCCCUGUACAUGAACCUGUGUAAAUAUUGUUGGUACAAUGACAAAUA